AUGAUAAAAUUUAUAAAAUUAAAAAGGGUCCAUAUUAAUUUAAUAAUAAUACUUAUAAUAUAUAUUGCAUCGAUAAAGAUAUAUAAUGUAAGAAAAGUGCAAAGUAUAAAUUCGACAAAGCAUAAUAAUAAUAUAAAAUUUCAAAGUCGAAAAGGUAAUAGGCUAUUUUAUUUAAUCAAUAAGAAAAUUAUAUUGAAAGGGAUUAACAAUAUUUCCUAUAAAAUAAAAGAUAGGAAUAAACAUUUUUACAAAAAUGGUAAGGAUAAUAUUUUAAUGAACUCUUUUGAUGUGCCUUAUAAGGCAAAAGAAAGAAAUAGUAGUCACCAUAGUAUAUCUAAGAAGUUAUCAAAAUUUUUGAACUCUUUAAAUUUUUAUAAAAAGGGAAGUGAACAUGAAAAUAGUAUUAUAAAAUAUGAAAGGUUAAGUGUUCUAAAAUGUGGUUACAAUAAAUCUGGGGGAAACCUACUUAUAAAAGAUUUAGAUAAUAACAAUGAUUUAAAUAGUCAAAGAGAAGAUGAUAUAUGUGUAACAAGCGGUGAUCAUAUAAUGAGUGGUGACAAUAUAUAUGAAAAUUAUGAUGAUUCUAAUAAUAAUAAUGAUAAUGUAAACAAAGAUUAUAAUAACUGCUCAAACAAUGAAAAACUUAAUAAAAACGAAAAAAUAAAUAAAAAAAGAUAUUAUAAAUUUAUGUCAUGGAAUAAUACAAAAGAAAUUAAAAACUUUGACUUGAAAAAAUAUAAUAUACAUAAUGAAGAUAAGAAUCAAGAAACACCUCAAUAUUUCCAAUCCGCAUUUUAUUCUUCCAUAAAAAAGGUAUCUGAAGAUACGAAUCAUAUAAAUAUUAAAAUAAAUAAAGAAUUAGUUAACGCGCUUUCCGUUGAAGAGAUAUUAGAUGUGCUAAAUAAAUAUUAUAAUUAUUCAAAAUAUAAAAAUAUGAAAAAAAAAAAAAAACAUAUUUUUAAUGAGGUUAAUAUUGUUACAGCAUAUCACAGGAUAGCUAAACAUGUUAGAAAUAAAAGUUUUUAUAAAAAGAAAAAUUUUGAUCAAGGCGAAUAUUCAAUAAAUUCAUGCUUUGAUAACAUAACAUCUAGUUUGUUUGAAAAUUAUUCAAAUGUUGAUGAUUCCCCGAGAGUAUUCAAUUUGUGUUCUCAGAAGGUUGAAACGGAUAUAGGUACGAAGGAAGAAGUAAAUAUUGAUGAUGAUGAUGCUAAGGAGAUAAAUAUUGAAAAUGAUGAUAAGGAGAUAAAUAUUGAAAAUGAUGAUAAGGAGAUAAAUAUUGAAAAUGAUGAUAAGGAGAUAAAUAUUGAAAAUGAUGAUAUGGAGAUAAAUAUUGAAAAUGAUGACAAGAAUAUAAAUAUUGAUCGUGAUGACAACACAUAUAUUCAUGAUGCUAAUAUGCACUCGGAAAAGAUGAGCAAUAAUAAUGAAGAGAAUAAAUAUAAAGAUCUCUUGAGCAGUAGCCACAUUAACCUAUAUGACAAAGUAGAAACAUAUAAAAAUAUAUAUGAACUAUUAAAAGAUAAUUUAUCGAUUAAUAAUAAUAAUAAUAAUAAAAAUAAUAAUGGUGAUAAUAAUAAUAAUUGUGAUGAAGCUGUUAUACCAAAGCAUGUAGCAAAUAUUGCCUGGGCGUCAUCUGUGUUAUCUAAUAAAGAUCCUGAUAUAUGGAAAUAUAUAAAAAAACAGUUUUAUGAAAAUAUUAAUAAUUUCAAAGCACAAGAAAUUUCUAUUAUUAUAUGGUCGUUUGGUUCUAUAAAAAAUGAAUUAAUAGAAAAAGAAGAAGAAUUUAUUUUAUUAUUUAAUUGUAUUAAAAAACAUAUAAAUGAAAAUAAAUUUAAAGCUCAAGAAUUUAGUAAUAUUAUAUGGUCAUUAGCUGUAUGUAAUUAUUAUAAUUAUGAUAUGCUAAUUCUUUUAUAUAAUUAUGCCCUUAAAAUUUUUGAAAAAUUAUUAUUAAAAGAUAUAUCUACAAUAUUGUAUAGUUUAUCUCUUUUUUCAUCAGAUUGCAUAAAUAAUAAUAUUCUUGAUGUUAUUAAAAAAAAUCAUUUUCUUAAAUAUAAUAUAAAAGAUGAUUAUUUAACAAUAAAUAAAACAGAAGAAAAGAAUAAUACGAAUAUACUCAAUCUAUCGAAUAUUAAACCUUCUGAUCAAAAUGAUCAUCAUAAUACAAUAAAUAAUACACAAAAGAAAUUUAAUACAAAUGUAAAUAAUAAUAUAAAUCAUAAAAAGUAUGUGCCAUAUUUAUUAUUCGAAAAUUUUCUGACAUAUUCAUUAAAUAAAAUUGAUAAUGAAAAAGAUAAAAUGAAUAUGAGAAACUGGUCCAACAUUUUCUGGUCUUGUGCAAAUAUUGGACUAGGCUUAUAUAAGGAUAUGUAUAAAGAUCAUAAGGGCUUGCAGUAUUAUAUUUUAUAUAUGAAUAGAAAGCUUAAUGAUUAUGUAAAUGGAAAUGAAGGUGAUCACAUAAAUGGUAACGAAGGUGAUCAUAUAAAUGGUAACGAAGGUGAUCAUAUAAAUGGUAACGAAGGUGAUCAUAUAAAUGGUAACGAAGAUGAUCAUAUAAAUGGUAACGAAGAUGAUCAUAUUUAUGAUGAUCAUAUAAAUGGGAAGGAUGGUGAUCAUAUUUAUGGUGAUCAUACUUGUAAUAAUACACUUGAAUAUUUAAACACCAAUAAUGAUUAUAAGAGCAAAACGGUGGUCCAAUAUAAUCAUCAUCAAAAUGACAAUAAUAAAAUAAAUUUUAAAAAAAAUGUUAUUCUAUACCAAAAGGAUAACGAUGGAAUAUAUCACUUAUAUGGAUGUGCAAAUAAUUGUGAUAUAUCAUCAUCAUCUAAUAAUAAUAAUAAUAAUAAUAUAUUUUACGAAGAGGAUAAACAUAUUAAUAUCAACAUAGAUGAUUAUUCUUCUGAUUGGAAACCAUACAUUCGUAUUAUUGAUGGAGAAUAUGUAUUCCCAUUAAAAUACUUUUAUGAUGAAAAAAAAUAUAAAAAUCAAUUUAGUAUAGAACUUAAUAAAGUAGGCAUAGAUAAUGACUUGGAUAUAUAUAAUGAUAAUAUCAAAACAAAAAAUAAAUUGAAUAAUAUAAUAGAUGAUACAAUGUAUAAUGAAAAAAAUCACGAUAAUAAUAAUAUGUCGUGUCAAGAUAUGAAUAUAGUAAACUAUAAUAUUAAAAAUAAUUUAAAUAAUAACCAUAUAAAUAAUAACCAUAUAAAUAAUAACGAUAUAAAUAAUAACCAUAUAAAUAAUAACAAUUUAAAUAUUGACCAUACAAAUUAUUCUCUAUUCCUUAAAGAAAUCAGUGAUAAAAAAAUGAACCUUUAUAAUAAUACAAAUAAUAAUGCAGUUAUAUUAAAAUUAUUACAUAUGUUCGAAUCACAACUAAAAGAUAAAAUUUUAAAAUGGACAAAAUGUGAUACACAAUCUAUUGCUAAUAUUUUAUGGAGCUUAUCAAUAUUAAAUGUUUAUUCAAGAAAUGUUUUUGAAGAUGGUUUAUAUGAAUGUAAUAAAAGAUUUAUUAAAUGUGGGAAAAAAAAAAAUACAACUAAAGUAAAAAAUUUCAUAUCGCAAUUACAUCAAUCACAAUUAUAUCAAGCUGCCUUUUCUUAUUGUCUUUAUUUAUUAAAUAAUCAAAAACAUAUAAAUAAGUUAUUAAAAAAUAAAGAAAAUUAUAAAAGUGAUAUCAUUAUAAAUAAUGACAUCAAAAAAAAAAUACAUGCCAUCUUUGAAAAAUAUUUUAAAGUAUCCAUUAAUGUAUUAAAUAUAUGGAAAAAACAAUUAGCACGAAAUCAAAGGAAAGAACAAAAAACUCAUAUAUCAUCUUCAGUGCAUAAAAAAAUAUCUAAUGACUUAAGGAGAUUGAACAUAUUUCAUUAUAAUGAAUAUUUUAUUUUGGAUUCCAUUCUGGUCGACAUUUUUAUACCCCAUUCGAAGAUUGUCAUAGAAAUUGACGGACCUAAUCACUUCUUUCAGAAAGGUGAAAUGAUUUUUUACAAAUCAAAUACCUUAUUUAAAAAAAGGUUGUUGAGAGCACUAGGUUAUACCGUAAUUUCUGUACCAAUUAGCGAUUAUACAUUUAUGUUCAGUGCCUUGGAUACGAUGCAUUUUACGAAAAGACUUUUAGACAAAGCAAAUUAUAGUGCACAUAAAUAG